UACGAAUUUCAGGCGAUGAUCGAGAACGUUCAUUGGGAGGUUUACUCUUUGUUGGUUACGACCCUUAUUCCUGAUAAUGAAGAACAAUCCCGCAUAUUUCAUGCUAUCACUACCAUUCCAUGUGUGCGUUCAAAAGCAGAGUGGGCCAUGCGCUGGAUUACCUCCGAUGCCCCCUUCGUAUCUCGGAUAGUUGCCUUCGCUGCCGUCGAAGGUAUAUUUUUUUCGGGAGCCUUCGUGGCAAUUUUCUGGUUGAAAAAGAAAGGGUUAAUGCCAGGGUUAACGUUCUCUAACGAGCUCAUUGCUCGAGAUGAAGGAUUGCAUACUGAUUUUGCGUGCUAUGUGUACUCCUGUCUUAUAAAAAAACUCGAUGAGACGACCAUGACGCAAAUUGUCAUCGAAGCAUCAGAACUUGAACAGCAAUUUUGGAGUGACACCUUGAUCGACAGUAUACUCGGACUUAGUGCAAUGGCGAUGAUCCAGUACAUCAAGUUUGUUACAGAUCGACUGCUAGUCGCACUGAACGGUUCGAAAGUAUACAACACCGUGAAUCCGUUUGAAUUCGUCGAGAUGAUUUCUUUGGAGGGAAAAACCAAUUUUUUUGAGCACAGGGUAUCCGAAUAUUCCAGAGCGUUUGUAAAAUGUGACACGUCCACGGUUGCAGCGAAAAAAUUGUGA